GUUCCUAUUGCUCGACGUCCAUAUGUAGAGCCACACUCACGUCAUGACCUGGGCCACAUGACAGUGGCCUGUCCUCAUUGUCAAGCAUUUCACUGGAUGGAUGAGCGCCUCUCUUCAUCAUCGAAUUCAAGACCAUUAUUUGGUAUUUGUUGUGAUCAGGAUCAAGUUCGGUUGCCUCAGCUGCGUCACCCUCCACCCUACCUCCAGCAGCUUUUUGAGAGCCAAACGCCCGAGGCUAUUGGGUUUCAGUCAAAUAUUCGCCAGUACAAUGCUGGCCUUGCAUUCACAUCUUUAGGCGUUGAUGUGGAUCAUGCCGUCAAUGUGGGCAGGGGACCUCAUGUGUUUCGCAUUCAUGGGGAGUUGUGCCACCGUAUUGGCCAUAUCAUGCCAUCUGAAGGUCGGCAUCCAGUGUACGCUCAGUUGUAUAUCUAUGAUCCUCGAAUAGCCCUUGACGAGCGCAUGCAACGCAAUGAAAAUCUUUGCCGACGUACCAUGGAACGGCUCCAGACGCUCUUGCUUCAGAACCACCGAUAUGCCGCCAUAUUUCAACACGCACACGAGAUCCUCGCCAAUCAACCCGAUGAUUCACCCAUCACCAUUCGCCUACUUGCAGACCCCAGUCGUGAUCGUCGUCGGUAUAAUCUACCCACUGUUGACGAGAUUGCGGCAGUUAUUCCUGGAGAUGAAGCUGAAUCAACAGGGUCGCGUGACAUUGUCCUUCACCGACGCGAGGGUCCACUGCAGAGAAUCAGUGAUGGGCACCGUUCAUAUGCAUGUUUGCAUUAUGUUCUGUUAUUUCCUUACGGAGAAGAUGGCUGGCAUUACGAGCUACAAAUGCACCAACCAAGU